GUUGUUGUUCAGAAAUCGAAGUGCAUUUUGUUGAGUGUUGUUGAAAGACCGAAGUGUGAACGAUUAGUCUACUAUAGCUUCGUUACGAGUUUGUUACAUUGCAUUAUUUUCAAUCGAAAACUGUUUCCAUAAAACACAUAAUUGAAGAAAAUGGCCUUAAAAUGGGGUAUCGCUUCAGCAGGCAAAAUUGCCCACGAUUUUGUGAAUGCAUUAGGAACCCUCAGUGAAGACGAGCAUCAAGUUGUUGCAGUUGGUGCCCGAGAUUUGAAUCGUUCCAAAGAAUUCGCUCAGCGAUUCGGCAUUCCAAAAGCUUACGGCAGCUAUGUUGAAUUGGCCAAAGAUCCGAAUGUUGAAGUGGUGCACAUCGGAAUGUAUAAUAUUCAUCAUAUGGAAGUGGCACUGUUAAUGCUGGAACAUGGAAAGCAUGUCUUAGUGGAAAAACCGAUGGGUAUGAAUGGAAAACAAGUCCAGAAAAUAUUCUCAUAUGCCAAGCAAAAGAAUCUGUUUGCCAUGGAAGGUAUUUGGUCGCGAUCAUUCCCAUGCUAUGAAUAUAUUCGCAAGCAAAUCGACGGUGGAAAACUUGGUGACAUUGUUUCCGUUCAAGUUGAUUUUGGCGCUGAGGGAUUGAAGAAUGAGGAACGAUUCAUAAAAAAGAGCCUAGGCGGUGGAUCUGUUUUAGAAGUUGGAGUUUAUCCAAUUCAAUUCGCUCAAUUCAUUUUCCGAAGUGAACCAAAAUCGAUUAAAGCCAACGGAACUUUAAAUGCUGACGGUAUCGAUCUUGAUAUGUAUGCUGAACUGAGCUAUGGAGGAAACAAAGUGGCCAAAAUCUCAGCAACUGGUAUAGCUUCACCAAUCAACACUGCCACAAUCAUUGGAACGAAGGGCACUAUGACGAUUCCUUCAUUUUGGUGUCCAACAUCCCUAAUUGAUGUUGACGGCAGUGAAAAGACUUGGCCAUUACCGAAAGCAAAGCUAGAAUUUAAUUUCACUAACAGCGCUGGAUUGCGAUUCGAAGCCGAUGAAGUUCGAAAAUGCAUCCGAGCUGGAAAAAUGGAAAGUGAUAAGGUUAGCCAUAACGAGAGUCUUAUCAUUGCUCGCAUUGAAGACGAAAUUCGUAAACAGAUUGGUGUGAAAUAUUCUCAGGAUGAUUAGAAAAUGCAUCGAAGGGCAAUAACGAAAUGAUUUUGUAAAAAAAUAUAAAUUUUCAUCUGGAAAACUUAGCGGAUAUGAA